AUGCUCCCAGCCCAUCAUUAUGAGACUCAUAAAGGAUGCUGGAUUGGCCGAUUUCAGCUCCCAACUCUAUAUGCUGUUUUUCUACCUCGGACCGUCCUUCUUCUUGAUCCCAGUUAUGAUGGAGGAGAAGGAAUCAUGGCCGUCCAGGCGUUCUACCUGGAGAGCUUGUGGGGUUUCGAUGUGGGAUCUGAUUGCUACAGGCAUGAACUAUAUGGUACCAACCCUCUUUUGAAUUUCAUCGAAUUCCAUUCUUGUCAUGCCUGCUGUCUCCUCAGCCGGAUUCGUUUCGUCUUUGUUUUGCAGGGAGCCGCCUUGGCAGGACCAGCCAUUUUCGGAAUUGUGUACAGCAGUGUGGCAAUUUGGACGGCAGUGCUAUCGAGAAUAUGUUUCAAACGAAAAGUGUCUCUGUGGCAGUGGGCCUGCGUCUUUGUUGUGUUUGUUGGACUUGCCUUGACGGCAAUGGAUGUCUCACAUGACCGCAACAGUGUUCACAAGGGUGCUACUCUUGUUCUGGUGGGAUCCAUGAUGCACGGAUUGUUUUAUGUCAUGAGUGAGUAUAUCAUGACGUAUGGGGAUGACCGACUUACGGCGAGACAGAAUUGCGCCAUCCAAAAUUUCACUGCCAUGUGUUUCUUCUUUGUUUGGCAAGUGGUAUACACCAUGCCACGGGCCGACGAGAAGUUGUGGCAGCCAAUGGAAGCUACUGGAACGACAUUGCCUAUUGGGAUUUCCUUUCUUAUUCUCUUUGGCGCCGCAAAUCUGAUACACGCAAUUUCAUUCUACCAUACGUUAAAAUACUUUCCUGGAGGAGCAACUAGUGCGGGUGUAAUGAAGGGGCUUCAAGCUGUCCUGGUCUUUGUAUUCACGCAUUUAGCCUUCUGUGGGAGAAGAGGUGGCCCCGAAAUGUGUUUUACCAAAACCAAAUUCUUGUCGUUGGUGACGGUGGUCAGUGGCGUCAUUGGCUAUGGCCUGGCAACGAACGACGAGAAACACCAUGGUUACGAAAGAAUAGGAAGCGUCAAUGAAUUAUCAGAGAUUUCCAAUGUCAAGUCGUCAGCUUUAGGACGAGAUGAAGAGAGUAUAUAA